AUGUCAGGUCUACCGCCAGAACCGCCGGAAGAACCGCCGAGUGCGCAUGUUGGAACUGUAGAGAUGGCCGCCAAUGAACUUUCAUCGGCCAAUUCCAGCAAAUCGUCGUUUGAAGAAGCAACUCCAGAUAUCUCGGAAUCCAACCUGGAUUUGGACUCAGAGUCGGACCUGGAGACGGAGCUGGACUCGGACUUGGAGCAGGUCGACGAGUCGCUCGCAUCCACCAUCGUACAGGAGAUCGAGGAGGGCGUAUACGUCUGUCUUGUGUGUACCUGUGAAAUCGACAGACACAGUCAGAUCUGGUCUUGUCUGGACUGCUACCGUGUAUAUGACUUGGAAUGUAUCCGGGACUGGGCCACGCGCGGCUCUUCGACCACCGCUGAGCGUCGCUGGAGAUGUCCUGCUUGCCAUGUAGAACACAAGAAGCUUCCCGAGAGGUUUACGUGCUGGUGCGGGCGGAAAACCAACCCUAGACCUGACAGCAUGAUUUCGUUCUCGUGCGGGAACUCGUGUGGCCAUAAAUACGACACUUGUGUGCACCAGUGUAUGGUCCAGUGCCAUCCAGGAAAGCAUCCUACUUGUGGAGCCAUGGGGCCUACAAUGAGAUGCAAGUGUGGUGCUGAGUCGCAGCAGCUUCCGUGCCUCAUGACGCCAUAUGAGACUGGCUGGCAGUGCGAUAGUCCCUGCGAGGUUGUAGUGUGCUCCAUGGGCCAUCGCUGUCCACAGAAAGAGUGCCAUGAAGGUCUCUGUGGCGCUUGCUCCGAGCAAAUCUCUGUGCUGUGCUACUGCGGCCAUGAAACUGUGGAAACUGCUUGUUCAGAGACCGUUCCGCGCCUCGGCUACAAGGAGGAUGGAUCUGAGAUCGUGGGUGGAGUCUCCUGCGGCCGGACCGUUCGUAGCUUCUACGAUUGCGAGACUCACUUCGAAGACUUGCCUUGUCUGCCGCUCCCAAGAAACAAACCCCACUGCAAGCUCUCUCCCGACGUGGUCAAGUCUUGUUACUGUGGGAAGACUGCGCAGUCAAACAUCAAUAGAACGAAAUGUACCGACCCAAUGCCCGUUUGCAACAAUCCUUGUGGCAAGAAAUUGGGCUGCGGUUGUUUGUGCAAAGCUCAAUGCCACUCCGGGCCAUGUGAAUGCUACAAUAGUCAACCAGUCAAGUGUGGUUGCGGAAACUGCACGUUUUUGGUUCCUUGCCGAGCCAUCGAGCAAGGAUUUAUACCCAAGUGCCUUCAUAAGUGUACAGCUCUUCUUAGCUGUCGCAAGCAUGUCCACAAGGCUGUCUGCUGUGAGUUUGAGCAGACCGCCCUUGGUCGAGAACGUGAGAUGAAACGUCAAAUCAGAAACAACCUUCGCGCCAACUUCAAUGAUCAGAUCCUUACCAUGGAGCUGUGUCAUAUUUGCACUAGAGACUGUAACCAAUUGAAGAAAUGUGGCAUCCACCGCUGUGAAGCCCUUUGUCAUAGCGGACCCUGUGGUGUCUGUCUUGAAUCCUCAGCUGAAGAUUUGGUCUGCAAUUGCGGAAAGACGGUUAUUCCAGCCCCAGUUCGCUGUGGAACAAAGAUUCAGUGCACUGAACAGUGUAUCAGGAUUCCAGCUUGUGGCCAUCGUCCUGGUCGGCAUCAAUGCCAUGAAGAUGACGUUCCCUGUCCAAGAUGUACGCAACCGGUAACUCGUCGUUGUGAGUGUGGUUUGAAAGAAGUCAAAAAUGUCCUUUGCUCUGUCAAAUCAGUUUCUUGCGGAACAAUUUGUAAUGUGCGCAAGGACUGUGGACAUCCUUGCAAUCGCGCUUGUCUGAAAGAGUGUUCGGCUGGAGACCAUGCUCCAGUUUCUCAAUGUCCUUUCGAAUGUCGCAAGAUACGUAACUUUUGUCCUCACAUGUGUUCCUCGAGAUGCCACAGCGGCAAGAAUACCUCGUGUGAUAAUGUCAAGUGUGUCCAGAAGGUCAAACUUAAGUGCAGUUGCGGCAACCUUGAACAAACCGCUGUAUGUGGCGCUUUCGAGGGUAACUACUCUGUUAUCGGCAAGUGUAUCCCAUGUGACGACGAUUGCGCUGUAAAAGCUCGUGAGAAAGAGCUCAGAGCAGCAUUUAAUGUCUCGCUCCCACCAGAGCCAGUUUACAAUGAGCACGUCACAUCUGUUUACCGCCGUCAACGUAAUUGGUGCCGACAAACAGAGCUCAAGCUUUUGGAGUUUGUCUCGAACUAUAAGGACAUGGUUGCAGCAGAAGUUGAGCCACAAAAGAGUCUUCAUUUUCCUGCAAUGUUGAAGCCUCAGCGUGAUUUCAUCCACCAUCUUUCUGAAUCUUUCAACUUGUAUUGCGAGUCAUAUGACAAGGAGCCAAACAGAGCCGUAUUCGUGCACAUCACUGACAAUACCACCGAACCUUCAGAAACAAUUGAACAAGCAGUGGCGCACCAGGAUGACUCUUUGAGAAAGGCUCAAUUUAUGGAGGAGCUUCGUCAAAAACGUUUAGAUGACGGAUUCCAUAACGCAAUUCUUAUCAAAGAUGUCUUUUUCGGGGUAUCAAAGGAAGACGUGGAGCGCCAUGUUUCAAAUCUUUUGGCUCCGCACCCAGAGGUUGGUGAUAUCGUUAUUCUGUGGGUCAAAGACUCAACUUAUGCUUUUACUGCGCCAUAUUUCGCAACAAUGGACCAGGAAAAAGAGAACUUGUUGUUUAAACUUCUGAGCUUGUUUAAAGAAAAGCUUAGAGACAACUUGGUGGCAUUUGACUGCCGGAUGUGUCUUCUUGAUGACGACAUGACUAACGUUCUCAAGGUGGACAGUGCCAAUGUCAUGAAGGAGCCAUUGAGCAAAAGCGCAAAACAAGUCGACGCUAAUGCUUUUGCAGUGCUAGAGCAAAGCAUGCAAUGA